UGCGCCUGUCUAUUUAGUAUAAAGUAAAACAAACUUCCGGAUAAUUACAAAGGCACAAAUGCUAUCUUUCAAUAUAGGGAAGUCUCGGGGAUUGUUUAUAUCAUAUCAUGUAUAGUAUACACACACGGAUGUUGUAGAGGAAUAAUAUGCAUAAUCAAAAGGUUACCAGAGUGCCAGUCUGACGAAACAUAAGAAAGAGAAGUAGCACAAAUAAUCUGAUAUAAGGAGACAGGCUUCAGAGGUUGGAUUCAGUGGAUGAAUAUUCAUAUUGACUAAAUAACGUCGGGACUUUUGGUAAAAAAAGCUGCGUACCUAAACAUGGAUGUUUCAGUACUGUAUUGUGUUUUUAUGACGGGGGUUGUGGUGCUAGAUGUACAUAAAACAAUGGCUGAUAUAAGUACAUUUUACACAGACAACGAUCUACAAAUGUCAUUGGCAGUAUCUCAUAUUGCUCAAAAAAGUAAGAAGGAGAUGCAACAUGAAAUUCUUACAUUAUUAGGGCUACAUCAUAGACCAAAGCCACUCAAUCAUGGCAAAGACAAGUCAGCUCCUCAGUUCAUGCUGGAUCUGUAUGAAUCAAUGCACGGCGAUGACGACGAGGAUGAAACGAAAGAUAUUAAUGAGGCGGAUGCGAAUCAGGGGAAAUUACAACACUUCAAUGUAACGAGAGAAAAUAUUCAGUUCAUAAACCAUGCGGACAUGAUUAUGAGUUUUGUGAAUCAUGUGAAGCAUGAUCAUCGGGUCAGACAUGCGACGGACGAGCGAUUCUAUUUUGACUUCAGUGAAGUUACAGUUCAAGAGGAAAUUACUGGAGCAGAACUGAGAUUGUUCAAACAGCCCUCUUUAGUAAACAAAUCAGAGUACUACAUGCUGCUGGUAUACAGGGUAAUCCAUGGGAGAUCUGAUGAAGAUCGGGAACUAAAACUUGAGUUUAACAAGACUAUAAGUGACACCUACGAAGGCUGGAUUGACCUAAACAUCACAGGGGCUGCAAUAUCAUGGCAGGUUUUUCCACACACCAAUAUGGGUCUAUUAUUGCGCAUAUUUGAUGAUAAAGGUGAUGAAGUAAAACCACAUUCUAUGGGGAUAGUAGGCAGAAGUGGGGAUGAAGACAAACAAGGCUUUGCUGUUGCAUUUUUUAAAACGCCGACAGAAUUGCAUUCUCGUCGUACACGUUCGGUUAAAAAACGACAACGCCAGGAAAAAGACGCUGCUCCUGAGGUCUCAUACGCCGAUGAACCUUGGAAUUUUGCAAAGCAACCACAUCGGAGUCAAAGAUCAUGUCAAAGAAAACGCCUCUAUGUUAGUUUCCGUUCAUUAGGAUGGCAGGAUUGGAUCAUAGCACCUGAUGGCUAUGCAGCUUUCUAUUGUAACGGAGAUUGUUCAUUUCCUAUGAACGCUCACAUGAACGCUACAAAUCACGCAAUUGUGCAGACAUUAGUUCAUUUAAUGGACCCGUUCAAGAUACCGAAACCAUGUUGUGCCCCAACUAGACUGUCUGCUAUAUCAGUGCUAUACUUUGACGAUAAUUCCAACGUUAUUCUAAAGAAAUAUAGAAAUAUGGUUGUAAGGGCAUGUGGUUGCCACUAGAUAACCCAGUAGCAAAUCGAUGGAAUAGAUGUUUACAAUUAUACACGACUGUAUAUAUUUUCUGCAACUGAAAAGUGAUCUAAUGUCUAAAUGAUAUCUGGGAAAACAGUUUUGUAUACUAAAAGAUGUCGCUGUAAAACAUAUUGAUCAGAAAACUGAUUACAGGGCGAAUACCUGAUCUACUA